ACGGAAAUCCUGCGAGGUGCAGGAAGUCUACUUGACGAUGGCCGUUCGUCUUGGGACGGCAUGCCCUAUAAAGCUUAUCCUAGCGGCCGGCCACAGUUGACUGUGAUAAAAGUUACGUUUCCACCGCAUAGUCAAGUGCCAUGGCAUAAUCAUUCGAUGCCAAUUGCCGGUUAUGUGUUAUCUGGCGAACUUACCAUCGAAAAGAAAGCAGGCGGUGAAAUACGCCGGCUGAAGCAAGGAGAGGUAGUGACGGAAAUGGUUGGCUCAGUACAUCGCGCAACAAGCGGCGAUAAACCCUCCGUCCUUAUUGCGUUUUUUUGCUGGCGUCGAAGGCAUGCCUAUCUCGGAAAAAGUAGAAUAAGCUGGAAUUAA